AUGUGGAUCACGGCGUGGGCUUUGCCCUUCGCCAUUUCCGCCACGCAUGGCCUCCACUGCAGUGCGAUAGCUACGCUGCCGAGGAUUUCGUCACGAGGAAACCCGAGCGCCAGUGUGAGGAAGCCAACUGGCAGGAACAGGAGCAGGAGCAGCUCCUUGAAUCAUGCCGCAGCAGUUGUAGCAGCUUCUCCCCGUAGGCCGCCGCUGCAAGCACCCUUUACCGUUGCGAUCCUUCUAGAGUCUCUUGGAGACGUACCACAGCGAACCUUGCGGCACCUAGCUGGAAGCCCUCCGGCUUCCCAGCUCGAGCUGACCCUGUCCGGGAGCGGGGCUCGGGCGUCGCGAGCCCAGGCGAAGCUGCGAGGGCUGCUGGAGGCGGUGGAAUCGGUAGUGGUUGGGGCGCAGGAGAAGGAUGAUGGUCUUGCUUCUGCUGCUACGAGGGUGGUGGCAGGGUGCCCAGCGUUGUUGCUGCUCGAUGGGAAGGAGUUGCUGAACCGGGGUACGCAGCUUCGAGACAUGGAAGGAGUCACGGAGGAGACUGCCGCACAGCUGGCGGUCGAGUACCCGGGGUACUUCACCUUGCCACCCGCGGCGAGAGCGAGAAUCGGCUUCUUCGUCGGGAAGGUCGGGCUGACGGCGAAGGAUGUGGGUAGGCUGGCGAAGCGACGUCCGGACGUGAUAGAAAACAUCGGCGGAGGGCAUGUUCGCCGACUCGUGGACUUGUUGUUGGAAGACCUCCACGUUGGCAAGGCGGCGCUUUUAAGGAUGGUUCGGCGCCAGCCUGGGCUUCUGUCCCUCAGCGUGUCCGGGAACGUCCUGAAAGUGACCGAGUUCUUCAAGAAGGAAAUGGGGCUCAAGGCAGACCAGAUUUCGAAGAUUUACUGCUCGAACCCGCACGUGCUCUGCCUAAGCCUCGAGAAGAAUAUCCGGCCCGUGGUGGACUGGCUUGGUGCCCCAGACCCCGAAGCGCAGCAGCAGCAGCAGCAGCAGCAGCGCCGGGAAGGUUCACCUUCUCACUCGGGAACAAGAAACGAAGAAAAAGCCCGCCCGUCGCCGUCGAGCCAUCCCCCGCCGGCUACCGCUGCGACAAACGGAGGGGGCGGCGGCGGCGGUUCCGCUAGCGUUCGACAAACGACGAACCCGUCUGGGUUGGACCGGAAGAGUGGCCGAGACCGCAUCGCUGCCGCCACCACCGCAGGAUUCCCAGAUGACGCGGGAGAGUUGACGCUAAGGAGGGCAGCGAGAGAAGAGGUUGCGGCGGUAGGGCAGGGGGCUGGCCCGGAGCCGCAGCGGGCAGAGCCAACGCUGGCGGUGCCGGUGUACACCGAGGGGGUUGGGUGGGGCUGGGGGCUGGGGUUUGGCCGCGAGGAGCGCCGGAAGAUCGUUUGCAAGCAGGGGGACCUGCUGUGGAAGAGCGUCGUCGGCAACCUCGCCAAGUCAGCGUCUUGGUUCGUUGAGGAGGUCGGGCUGAGCUGGGAUGAGAUGCGCAAGGUAGUGGAAAGGUCGCCGUCACUUCUGUGCCUAAGCGCGGAACACAACCUAGAGCCCAAGCUAGCGUUUUUAGUGAACGAGCUCGGCUUGGACCCUGGAUCAGUCAGGAAGGCGAUGCGGGCGGCGGGGGCCCCGCCGGCCUUCCGCCACCUCCGCGCCCUCUGCAACUACCCGGAGGACAGGUUCUCGGCCUGGUUGGAGAGGAUUGUCUUGGACGCCGAUGAUUCUUCUUCCCCGGCGACCGCCUCCUCGGCAGUGUCUCCGUCGCGACCGCGGCCAGGAAGACGGCUGGGCGGCGACGCCGACGACCCCCCGACAUCCAGCCUGAGCACCACCUCUCUGGCGGAGCUGGGCCUAACAUACGCCGCUGCGACUAUGAACGCCCCGCGGCGGCAGCGGCGGGAAGCGGCGGGAGCGGCGGCGGGGGAGGCGGAGGAGCAGAGAGCGGCGUUUUUUUUUGCUCCCGGCAGAGCGGAGGUGAAGGCGCUGGUGCGAAAGCUGGCACGCGGGCUGGACGUCCUGGACUUGAUGUGCGGGACGGGGGGCUUCGCGCUCAACGCCGCCGCCGGGGGCGCGCGGUCUGUGAUAGGGGUAGACAAGGCUGCAAGGGCAGUCCGCACCGCGACCAAGAACGCCCGGGCCAACGGCCUGGACGACGCGGCGACGUUCUUGAAGGCCGACGUAGCCGCUUUCGCGGGGGCAUCGUCGUCCUCGGCGGCGGCGGCGGCGGCGGCGGCGGCGACGGCGGAGGCGGAGGCGGAGGCCUCGGGGCCAGGCGAGAGGAAGGCGUGGGACCUGGUGGUGGUGGACCCGCCGUCCUUCUUGGCCAAGUCGGCGCGGUCCACGGCCAGAGCUGUCAAGGCUUUUACACGGCUGGCGGAGAGCGUAGCGCUUGUGGUCCGCCCCUCCGGAGGUAUGCUGGUGGUCGUGUACGAGCCCGGCGACGGUGUUUUCGACACACCGGAGGAGAUGACGGCGGUGUUCACCUCCGCCGCGUCCGCCGCGGGCGUGAGCUUGUCCCUGUCCUUGUUGGAAGCGCGCUCGGCCCGCCCCCCCGCCACCGGGGGGGAAGAGAACGCCUCCAGCGGUAGCAGCGGCAACGAUAGCAAGAGUAGAGGUAGUGCUAUUGGCGGUACGAGCAGCAGCAGCAGCGAGAGAAAUAGCGCAAAAGACAGAGAUCGCAAUAUUAGCAAUAGUGGAACGGGGGUACUCAUUGGGCUAGAAAGUUUGUCGCCCUCUCCUCCUCCCGCGGCGCUGCUUGUGGCGAACCAAGGAAGCAGUGGGGGAGCGACCGGCGGCAGCGAGGCUGCCGCAAGCAGCGGGGCGAGGCAGGGCGCCCUGCUUCGUUCUUCUUCGGGCCGUCGAGAGGCCGCCGCCGUCGAAGGCGUGAUGGGUGCUGGAGGAGACGAAAUCGAGAGCGGCGGGCCGGCCGCCUCGUCGCCGCCCCCGUGGUUCGCGUUGUAUGUCUGCUCCAGAGCACCGCCAUCACCGCCGCCACCUGCCGAUGACCGUACUCCGUAA